AUGAAGUUAAUACUACCUUUGAUCUCAGCUUGUACUUUGGUACUGAGUUUAUCCAUUCCAACAUCUCCUUAUUAUUUGGCUCAACAAAAGGCGCUUACCAUCCCUCAAUGGGUUGGUAAGUUUUGGAAUAGUGUAUUCUUAUCUGAAGCUUCCAAUGAAGCAAUCAUGAGAGCCGAUUUUGGUUCUUGGUUAGAUCAACAACGUAACAUUAGUUUCCAGGGUAUCUUAAACAACAUUGGCGGGGUCUCAUCUUUGUUAGACCCUAAGGAGGUAUAUGAUGGUGUUGUUAUCGCCUCCCCAUCAAAAUAUAUGCCCAAUUACUUUUACCAAUGGACCAGAGAUGCUGCAUUAACGAUAAAGUCCUUGAUCGAUUACUUGGAUGAUACUAGAGUGAGUUCAGAUGUUGCAGAAGUACAGAAAACUGUGGAAGAUUAUAUUUCCAAUAAUUAUAUUUUACAAAGAUUAGAUAAUCCUAGUGGUACCUUUGGCGAUGAUGAUAAAUCAGGUUUGGGUGAGCCAAAAUUCCACCCAAAUAAUACUGCAUUUGAAGAAAACUGGGGUAGACCUCAACGUGAUGGACCUGGUUUAAGAGUCACCACUAUCUGUGCAUAUCUUGAAUUAAUUGAUAAAUAUCAAGUACCAUUUAUUCACUUGAAAUCUGGUAAGGAUGUUUAUACUGAAAUCGUGAAACCAGAUUUGGUUUAUAUUAUAAAGAACUGGAAUAGAAAUGGGUUUGAUUUAUGGGAAGAAAUCAAUGCUCAACAUUUUUUCACUUCAUUAACUCAAUUAAGGGCUUUGAUAGAUGGGUCAAAAUUGGCUAAGAAGUACGAACCUCAAGAUUCUGGUUUUAUUGAAGAAUUGAAGAAUACUUUUAAUGAUGUUCGGAAGUAUGUUGAAUGGGAAGGUGGAUUUAUCAAAUCUAAUGUUCCCUACGUCAUUGAAACUCCAUCUUUAUUAUCACUGGGUAAGAGAUCAGGAUUAAACAUUGCAAGUUUGUUGGCAAGUUUACAUACUCAUGACCUUGCAAGUAAGGAUUAUGAUAAUAUUCCGUAUGAUGUUGAUCAUAAUUUGGUAUUGAGUACCUUACGCCUUUUGAUUACUGAUAUGAAAUUUAGAUACCCUAUCAACCGCAAACAUAUUGGAGUCAAUAAUGUCGGUGUUGCAUUGGGUAGAUACCCAGAGGAUAUUUAUGAUGGUUAUGGUACCAGUGAAGGUAAUCCUUGGUUUAUAUCAACUGCCACAGCAUCUGAAUUGAUAUUGCGGUUGAUAUAUAAAUUGGAAACUGGUCGCAUGAAUAUUGUUAUUGAUGAAUUGAAUUCAGAUUUUUUCAAACAAUUUGUUGAUUAUUUAGAGGCUGGCCAGACCAUAGUGUAUGGAUCCCUGGAUUAUUUAGAGUUGAUUGAUCAAUUGAUCAAAUACUCCGAUUCCUUUUUACAAAUUGUCAAGGAUCAUGUUGAUAACGAGGGCCAUAUUAGUGAACAAUUUAACCGUUACCACGGUUUUAUGCAAGGUGCGACUGAUUUGACUUGGUCCUAUUCUGCAGUUUGGAAUGCUUUGAGAUGGAGAGAGAAGGUUUUCAGAUUAUUAAACCCUUCUAAGUUGUAA